GUAAGCCCAAUAUGGCAGAAGCGGCAGGUCUUGCGCGGUAACUAAAGCAACAUUUCAACGUAACAACAGAAACACUUACAAUUCAAACACUACCCUGCUCAAGACUGCAGCGAUGAGGGAGAGACAGAAGAGAAAGAAGGGGAGGACGUGGGCAGAAGCAGCUAAAACGGUAUUGGAGAAAUACCCCAACACGCCCAUGAGCCAUAAAGAGAUCUUGCAGGUCAUUCAAAGGGAGAGGCUUAAAGAAAUUAGCGGGACCUCCCCCCUGGCAUGCCUGAAUGCAAUGCUCCACACUAACUCUCGCGGGGAGGAGGGCAUCUUCUACAAGGUUCCCGGGAGAAUGGGAGUCUACACACUAAAGAAGGACACCUCCGAUGUGGUGAAAGAGCUGUCUGAGGAGGGGUCUGACGAGAGCAGUGAUGAUCUGUCAGACUCCCAGAGCACCGAGAACAACCACAGCAGCAACAACCAGGAGGGCAGGAGGGGAGGGUGGAGAAGACGAGUGCCCUCCAAGCUGCAGUCCCAGCCGUCGUCGCCACAGCCUCGCUGCUCGUCCCCCUCGGUCACCACCGGCAAGCUCAUCUCCCCCUCGCAGAAACACAGCAAGAAGGCUCUGAAACAGGCCUUGAGACAGCAGAGGAACCAGCGGCGGCAGGGAGGAAUGCCCGCCUCCUCCAGCCCCAGGCUGACGCUGAAGACCGUCAAAGACAUGGCGGACUCCAUGGCCACCAAGAACGCAGCGUGGGAGCCCAAACAGGCGGAGGGCAGCCCGGCCAGUCCCCAGAACUCCACCUCCAGCUCCUCCUCCUCGGUCCGAGCGGAGGCGUGUCACUCCGCCGGAGCCAGGAACAUGUCCCAGAGGUCGAGCAGGCUGAGCGCACGUCAACUAAAACGUACCAAGUGUGCAGAGAUCGAUGUGGAGACCCCAGACUCCAUCCUGGUCAACACCAACCUCCGAGCCCUCCUCAACAAGCACACGUUCUCCGUGCUGCCCGCAGACUGCCAGCAGAAGCUGCUUCAGAUGCUCCCACAGGUGGACCAGCAGGCUUGCAUGGACGGCCACCUGCUGAAGGUCACCAGCUCAGCCUUGAACAACGAGUUCUUCACGUCCGCAGCCCAGUCCUGGAAGGAGAGACUGGCAGAAGGUGAGUUUGCCCCAGAGCUGCAGCUCAGGAUGCGACAGGAGAUUGAGAAGGAGAAGAAGGUGGAGCACUGGAAGGAGAGAUUCUUUGAGAACUACUAUGGUGAAAAUUCUGGCCUCAGCUAUGAGGAGUCUAAGGAGCUGACCGAGGCUGAUGUGUCACCUCCUGACCCAGCCAGACCCCGGCCUCCUGACCCAGCCAGACCCCGGCCUCCUGACCCAGCCAGGUCCCGGCCUCCUGACCCAGCCAGGUCCCGGCCUCCUGACCCAGCCAGGCCCCGGUCUCCUCCCCAGCCCAGCCCCGCGGUCCAAGCACCAGACGCCCCCAAGGCCUCCAAGAACAGCAGCCAGGCCGAGACUGAAGCCAGGAAGCUGAGAUCAUCGCCGCCGUCUGCAGAGCCUCCUAAGCCCACUGAGGAGAAGCAGGUCCCACCAAAGGUAGCGGAGAAGACUCGGCCAGCGUUCAACAUUGAGAAGAUCCAGACCAGAGCUUCAACCAGGCACGCGGUGAUGGAAGCAGCUCCCCCUCGAAGACGGGGAGGGGAGGAGGGCAUGGAGGUGACCCCGUCUGACAAGGAGCAGGUUAAGAAGGAGAAGCCUCAGCUGCCCCCAUCCCCUACGAAGCAGAACCUUCUAGAAGCCCGCCCCCAGAAGCACCGGUCUGCGUUUGUGAAACAGCCCAGUGUAAAUGAGGAGGAGGGUGCCACUGUCCAGUACUCUCCUGUCCUGACCUCCUCUGUCCUGGCCUCCUCUGUCCUAGUCUCCCCUGUCCCAGCCUCCUCUGUCCUGGCCUCCUCUGUCCUGGCCUCUUCUGUCCUAGCCUCUUCUGUCCUGGCCUCCUCUGUCCUGGCCUCCCCUGUCCUGGCCUCUCCUGUCCUGGCCUCUCCUGUCCUGGCCUCUCCUGUCCUGGCCUCCCCUGUCCUGGCCUCUCCUGUCCUGGCCUCCCCUGUCCUGGCCUCCCCUGUCCUGGCCUCCCCUGUCCUGGCCUCCCCUGUCCUGGCCUCUCCUGUCCUGGCCUCCCCUGUCCUGGCCUCCCCUGUCCUGGCCUCUCCUGUCCUGGCCUCUCCUGUCCUGGCCUCUCCUGUCCUGGCCUCCCCUGUCCUGGCCUCCUCUGUCCUGGCCUCCCCUGUCUUGGCCUCCCCUUUGCCUGCCUCUUCUGUCCUGGCCUCCCCUUUGCCUGCUUCUCCUGUCCUGACCUCCUCUGUCCUGGCCUCCCCUUUGCCUGCCUCUCCUGUCCUGGCCUCUCCAGUCCCAGCUUCUCCUGUCCUGGCCUCUCCAGUCCCAGCCUCCCCUGUCCUGGCCUCUCCUAUCCCGGCCUCCCCUGUCCUGGCCUCUCCUCCUUUGGCCUCUCCUGUCCCGCCCUCCCCGUGUCCUGAGGCCCUGAAGAGGAAGUCCUCCAGUGAGCAGGAGCUGGAGCUGACCCUGGAGAAAAAGGCUAGAGUGCCUCCGUCCACCCAGAACCCUCCUGACCCUGCAGUAGCUGAAGCACAUAGAGUGCCUCCACUGAAGAUUCCCGUGUCUCGACUCGUUUCUGUCCCUCUAUCGCCGAGCCAGGUGUCCCCCUGCGCCCCUCUCCCUGCCCCCCUCAGCAGCCCUGGCCGCACAGGCGCACGCACCCUGGCCGACAUCAAGGCUAAAGCCCAGUUGGCCCGGGCCCUGCGUGCCGCCACCGCCUCCGUCUCCUCCUCCUCAACAGGAGCCGUGCCAGGGCCGGGGCCAGGAGGAGGUGGCGCAGAGCAGAGACCACCCCCGACCCCCACUGCCUCCCCUGGACCCCCACACGCCCACAGCCCAGCGCCGGCAGAGCCAUCAUCCAGGCCGCCGCCCGGCAGCGGUGUCCCCAGCCCGCUGUCUGUGGCAUCGUCCUGCCCCUCAGGGCACUUUGACCCCCGUUCCUCUCAGACACAGAACACCAGCAGGGCCGUCCUCCCUGGAGAUGGCCCACAGAGAGGUCCCUCGGAGAACAGCACCAGCUCCGGUUCGGCCCAGAACGUUCUCAAGGCUCCUAACCCUCCGGUGGUCCAGUCAGUCUCUACCUCUGGAGGCUUUUCAACCAGGUCCACUUUGUUCAUCCCGGCCAACAACCCUCUGGUCACACAGCUCCUCCAGGGGAAGGAGGUCCCCAUAGAGAAGAUCCUCCCAAAGCCGCUGGCCAAGACGGAAGCCAAGAUGGGCGCCACCCCUUCCUCUGGAGAUAAAGGGAAAAUGAUGCUGGUUACCACCGGCACCAGAAGUGGCGGCCGGUACCUCACCCCUGGGGAGGACGUCAGUAAGGCUGACUCUCCAGUCUCCAGCCAGUCAGGUGUCCCAGGAAGAUCCGGUUCUUUCUCAGAGUUCACUCGUCAGCAGAGGGAAAUGCCUGACAAGGAGACCCAGGAGCAGAUCGUCCAGACCCUGAUGCAGAAGGCCCAGCACGGCCAGCCUUACAGGGGCAUGGGCCCCCAGCCCCCCAUGGGCCCCCAGCCCCCCAUGGGCCCCCAGCCCCCCAUGGGCCCCCAGCCCCCCAUGGGCCCCCAGCCCCCCCGGUACUCUUCCCUCCAGCUGGGCCCGUCUGAUGAGUCCCAGGACCGGCCCCGGUUCUGCGUGGGUUUCCUGGGGCGGAAACGGACGGCCAGGCCUGCCAUGACGGGACACUACCUCCUCAAUGUGUCCACCUACGGCAGAGGGUCAGAGAGCAGCAGGAGGUCUCUCUUGUCUCCCACAGUGACCCUGUCGCUGGCGACCCUGAAGAGGGAGCGCCCUGAGGAGACGGCAGGAGAUGAGCCGGCCGGGAAGAACCGUCCUGGAGUGAAGUCGGAGCAGCAGGGGUGUUUGGAGGCUCCGGCCAUCCAGCUCUGCUCCAGAGUCAAGUCUGAGUCUCUGCCUGCUUCAGGCUGUCCGGCGGACGGGUCCGACAACGGGGGCGUGGCGGGGAACAACGGCACCUCGACGAGAGCCAAAGAAACCAGCCCCAUCGCUCAGUCAGCCCGGAGGACCCUGGACCUCUGCAAGCAGGGAAAUCCCGAGCCAUAUCACGCGGCCGCAGUCGCCGGGGCCACGGAGCCCAGGCACCAGGGCCCAUUGGCUGCCUUUCAACCCCAGAGAACGCCAGACAAUCAGGAAGUGGUGGGCUCGUGCUACGGAGGCACCCUCAACGUGUCCGUACCUCAGGCCCUCCAGGCCGCCGCCAGCCCCGGCUCCUCCCCCUCCGUGUCGGGGGACGGCGGGGGCGCCACGGGCAGUGUCAUGUCUUUCUCGGUGACGGUCACCACCAUACCAGCCGGCCACCCCUUGGACCCCAGCGGCCAGAGAGAGGCGUCCCCAGAGCAUGGCUUCAUGGAGGGCCCCGGGAUGGAGAACGUCCAGUCUAAAUGUUACUGCCGCCUCAAGGCCAUGAUCAUCUGUAAAGGAUGUGGGGCCUUCUGCCACGAUGAUUGCAUCGGUCCUUCGAAACUCUGUGUCUCCUGUUUAGUGGUACGGUAAAAUUCUAAAAGGAAAAGAUUGGCAGAUCGAUGUUAUGUUUAAGAAUUUCACCUUUCAAUGCACCAUGGCACAACCUGCCCCAAUCAGGCCAUUCACCGUCAAUAAGAACCUGUUGCCUUGGUGACGCACAGCCGCCAUAACGUAUAACCUACAACACUGGAUGACAUUAUUUCGCCUAUUCUAUCUGAGAGAGAGAAUGAACGACGGUUGUGUAUUGCAAUGUUUGGUAGCCAUUUUGAGCAGCACAGUCUUUUUCAGAAUUUCAUUUGGCAAUAUUUGCACAUGGGUAGGCUUAUUGUGCUACAGUAUAUAUAUAUUUUUAAAGAUAGUGUAGAUUUUUUUUAAAGGACGAGAAACAAAAUAUGGAAUGUUAUUUUUAUAGAACAUAACGACAAUGUUGUUAUGUAGACUGCCCCCUGGUCUCUGUGGUGUAGUGAAGGAGUAGUAAGGAGUCUGUGAUCAUCAUUUGUUCCACAUCACAUUUGUAAUGUGUGCGUGUAAGUGUCAGAAGUAUAACAGAUUUCUACGAUUUUAGUUGACCGUUCUGUAAAUCACAGUUUUGCUAAAUAUAUUCUAAUAGAAUAGAGACAUCUCUAUUUUUCAAUGAGAAACUACCGGUUUUAUAAGGAUUGCAUAUGGCCUCGUUUGUACUCUAGAGUUUCAGGGCAAAGCACUGGACAGGCCCUCACGCGUACAUAACGGGUAGUAUCGUGGUGUAGAGCACUUAACCCUUGUGUUAUCUUCGGGUCAUUCUGACCCAUCAGUCAUUGUGACCCACCGUCGUAUUGCGACAACUUAACCGCAUACAAAAACAAAGUGAAGCAUUUUCUUUUAACCGUCGGGCUGUCUCAGACCCCCCACAUUGCAAAUGUUAAAAUAAAAUUAUUUUUAUUUGUUUUUGUAUUGGGUAAAAUCAGGUAAACACAAUGAUGGUUCGUUAUGAACCUUUGGGUCAUGUGACCCGAAGGCAGCACAAGGGUUAAGCACGGUGAGAGAGGAUAGGGCCGCGUUCCACGUCCUACUUCCACCAGCUCUUCAGCUUUCUGAACACAGACGGUUCAGUAUAGUUCCCCCGGUGUGUGUGUUCCCCUCAUGGCUCAAAGACACGCAGAGAACAUUUUAACUUUAAAAAAAUAUAUCUAUUUCUGCCUUGCAAAUACGUGGGCAAAUCUUGGAGCUAGAUAUGUGUUCAUUCUCUAGCUUGGUGUGUGUACUUUGCUUGAGCAUAUCCCACUGUUUUGUUACAAAAGGGUUUAUACUUUACCUCAGAGGGGGGG